AUGAUUUUCUGCUAUUUAAGUAAAAGAAACAACAAAAGAAAACCAAAAGACUUUACAACUUGUAAUAAAAAUUAUAAUUUUUAUAAUAAUUUAGAAUAUUUUGAGCAUACUUAUGGAGAAAAAAAUUUUGAAAAAAUUUUAGAAACAAAUAAUUUUAUAAGAUUAGUCAGAAAUCCUAUUGAAAGAUUAAUUAGUGGAUUUAUGCAUUUGUGUUAUUAUGGAACUACAAUUACAAAUGAACAUUAUUGUUAUGGAUGUGAUAAAAACAUUACUUGUUUUGUAAAUGUACUUGAAAAUAAAUUAUGGGAAACUUUUAACAAUAAUUUUUAUCUAGAAAAUAAUAAAGAAAAUGAAUACAUUUAUCAUUUUUAUCCUCAGACAUGGAGUUGUGAAUAUUAUAAAUUAAAUCAUUUAUUCACUUAUAUUAAAUAUAACUCUUCAGAUAGAAAUACUUACUCUAAAAACAUUAAUGAAUUUCUUAAGAAAAAUAAUGUUAAUCAACAUGCUUUAAGUUUUAUUAAUAAAAAAAUUCAUAAAUUUAAAACACAACAUAUGACUCUAUCAAAAAAUGAAACUACAAUUUACAAAGAUGCACUAUAUAAUGAUCCUUUUUUGUUGCAAAAAGUAUGUUCAAUUUAUUACUAUGACUUUAUUGAAUUUGAUUUUGAGUUUCCAAAAGAAUGUAUAAAUUUAACAAAUAUUAAUUUGAAUAAUAGAAUUUAA